CGAGCGGCAGCACCUCCUCUGUGGAUGCGAUGACAGCGAAGGUAACAUUUCUAUCAAUAAAAAAGAGAGAGAGCGCGCCCUCGGUCUGCCCGGUCGUUCGGAUUCCCUGACAGUUUGAUCUCACCGCUUCACGUCGGCGUCGCUUUGAUGAAUGCAUCGUCAACCUGCUGGAGGCCUACACGUGAAGCGGCACCCGGCUUUAUGAAUGGGGAUGCUCGGUUCUCUGGCUGACUGUGAUUGAGGCGCCUCCAAUCAUUCCACGGCCUUUAAGAAGGAUUAUAUUCACGCUUUGGAAGUUCUUUUGUGCGAAACCAAACCGCCACCAUGCCAAUCCUAAAACAGCUGGUGUCCGGCUCCUCCCACACCAAGCGCCGCUCGCGCCUCGACCUGACCAGGGAGAUGAUCAGCGCUCCGCUGGGCGACUUUCGCCACACCAUGCAUGUCGGCCGCAGCGGCGACGCCUUCGGCGACACCUCCUUUCUCAGCACGCGCUCGGGGGAACCGCCCCCUGAUGCCAGUUUCUCCUCCCGCUCUCCUCGGCCCGGCCUCCUGUCUCGCACCUUCAGGAGCAGCAAGCGCUCCCAGUCGGUGACCAGAGUCGACCAGCAGAGAGACACCCCUGCUGGGUCGCCCACCUCCGUGAAGAACGCCAUGUCGCUGCCCUUCCUCAACGACGAGGACAGAGGGCACAGGGUGGCGAAGAGUUUGUCCUCGAGUCCGGUAAAUCAGCUCGCGGAGGUGGACGGGAGAGGCGCGGCUGCAGCUGCUCAUUACCUGGAGCUGCAAGAGCGGAGCUUCGGCGAGCUCACCGAGCUUCCGGAGAGCUCCAACCACUACGGCGGUGGAAUGAAGCACGCCGAGUCCGUCAUGUCGUUCCAUCUGGACCUGGGCCCCUCCAUGCUGGGGGACAUCCUGGGCGUCAUGGAGAAGGAGGACGACGACCUCGGCUACGAGGAGGGCAAGAGCAGCGAGGGCCACGCCUCCCCGCCUCUCAGCACCCACGGGGAGGAAGAGAAUAGUGUGGAGAGAGAAAAAGAGGAGGAGGAAGCGGAGGAAGAGGAAGACUCCGCAGAAGUGCAGCAGCGGGCCUCUAUGCAUGCAGCCAGCUCUGUGGAUCUGGGGCCUGAGAAUGGAAGUCCCUACACCCCCGAGUACACCCCCGAGACUCGGCCCAAACAUUUGAAGCAUCUCGACAGCUGCUCCAUGUCCAGCUCUGGCUCCGUCGCCCUGGACGAGAAGCCCAACGGCCAGGCCUAUGCAGGAGAUACAGACAGCGCCACGUUCAGUGCCCCGCCAGAGGAGGAGAGCAACUUCUCCUCUUUCUUGGAAGAUGAAGACGACGAGAUCCGCGUAUGAGAUCUCUGAAGUCUUCACACACACACAAAAAUAAAAUAAUAAAAGCGAUAAGACGGAGCUCUGGAAGGGGUUCAUGUGGAACGAGCGUGUCCUUUGUUUGUUUGACAGUGUGGAUUUGCAAUUGAACAGAAAUGAGACGCUGCUGUCGGGUACUGUGGGAACGGGACUGAAGACGGAGGGUGCUUCUUUUUGUAGGUCUGCAAGGAGAGAACGACUGCUCCUUUUGGAAGAGCCCAAACUCCAUCCGUCUCCACUGCCUGUCAAUCUGUCGCUCCCUUUCGAACACUGAAGGAACUGACAUGGAAGAGCAGCCACUCGUUGGAAAGAAACUUUUAGGAAAAACACUUUCCAUAACUAAAGCUCAGUUCUCGCUUUGUCUCGCUGUCCUCUCACUCGACGCGUCACACGGCUUCUUCAAUUCGGUUCGCCUCCCUUCUGGUUUUGCGCUCGCUCACUGGCCGAGGGACAUCAUGAGGCCUGAGCGGAACAGAAGGCCUCUUAUCACCACAGGAUUACUGGUGGGUAUCUUGUAACAAUAAGGGGGGAUGUGUUCGUCACUGGAGUGUGAAGCCCUGCCGUGAGCCCCUUUCAUCUGAAAAUAAUCUAGUACAGUGCCAUAGAUCUGUCGGUUUUGUCCCUUAUGUAACUCGGGGUCCUUGUGACGCUGCUCGACGGCUGCCUUUCCUUGCUGUAAAGCUGGACCACGAAGCCCCAAACCAAAAUUCUCCUGUUUUCUAUUCACUGUGAGCGUCACACGGGCCUAGCCUCGGUGUAAAUUAAAGAAACUAUAAAGCUAAAGGAGCUGCAUUAACUAAAACGUAUGGUGUUACUACAGGAAGCUAGAGGUGUGAAGAGUGGUGUGUGACCCACUGGGGAGAGAUCGUACACGGUGUUUAUUAUCUCUUUUUCCAAUGAACUUUUCUUGUUUUUUACCCCCAAAAUCAUAAUACUGAUGUUACAGAUUUCGGAUAACUGACGUGGAUUGGCUAUCUUCCACAUAUAGUCUGUCAUUUCCAGGUGAAACUGAAAAGAGUUUGAUAACCACUUCCUUCCUUGUUGGUGUACCUCUGAGCAGCUGCAGUGGAGCAACUGAACAGUGUGAAAGAUGUCGUCCAGGGGCUGCCUAUAUGUAUAAAGAAGUUUCCACUACUUUGUGAGAAGGGCUUUAGGGUAUUUAUUGUGGGAAAUCAGCAAGCACAAUUAAACCAGGCACUACUAGCAUUUGGUGGUUAAUACCCGUUAUUGUUGAGUUUUAUCUUUGAAAAAAAAAAAGUCUUUGCUACAUUUAUGUUACGUCUGUUUCUAGAUUAGAAGAAAAGGAAAGACAGGGCCGGCAAGAGAUGCAAGAGCUUUACAACGUGUUUACGUUGCAUUGUCGUUGCAGCUCUCCUGCAUCUCUUGCAUCAUUAAAAGCUGCGGCCAGACGUAUCGAGGCUCAGUUGCUCCGAUUGAUUUUACUGCCUUAACUGAAACUGACAUGUGCCAAAUCAUCAUUUUCUAGCCAAAAAAAAUGUCUACUUGUGAAGCUCACUUUUGGGAGACCUUUCAAAUCUGCUCGGCAUUUCCUUCUCUGUAUGGGUAUCACUUGUGAGUUUUAAGUUGAAGGCUUCUAGGUUUAAAACAAUUAAAUAAAGAUGUGUUCGAUAAAUAUUAAUUUGCAUAACUGGAUAUUUAUAUUUCCAAUCACUCAAACACUACAUAAUGUAUUCAGGUAAUUUUUAGGGUUAAACGUGUGUGCGACUGGGAUGUAAUCAUAGUUGCUCUUUCUGUAUAAUGUUGUAUGUUACGUCUUACUUCUUUACUGUUAUCUUUUUCUGUAUUAUCCAAAAUAACCUAUAUUUUUCAAUAAAAGGAAUCUUGAACAUA